UCCUCAGCCACAGACUCACUUGCAAUUAAGGUCUCUGCUACACCCAGAAGGUCUAUGGAAAUCUCUACUGGAACACUGGUAGCACUUCAUACAGGCCAGGAACCUCCUUCACAGCACUCUUCUCUGUACUCUUCUCAUAGCAAUAUACAACACUAGGCAGGUAGGAAAGACACCUAUUUUAUGUGGGCAUGAGAACCUGUCCAUACCAAUCACUGUAUAACAUACAGCUUUCCAUGCUUCCCAUAUGGCACACAUCACCAUAUUCCUAAACUGCACAGUAGGUACAAUAUUUGUCAUAAACUUGGCAGUCUUUUAAGGAGGGUGCCCAUAAGCAAAAUGUGAGUUCUUGUACAGUUCUAGUUUUGCCCUUCUUACAAGGACAUUAGGGAAAAUGUAUCACGCUAUCUUUUAGUAAGAUUAUCGUUGUUGCCCCAUGACUCAUAUUGCUCUGAUAAAAUUAAAGUUUAGCUAUGGGCAAAAAAGAUAAUCUCACUAUAAGGAAAAUUGAUGAAUCCCUCCAUUGUGCAUACAGCUGGACUUGAUUAGAUGCAGAAAAGGGCAACCAAGGAAUUAGCGAAUAUCAUAAGCAAGACAAAUGAUCAAACUUGAGGUUAUUUGGUUUACAACAAACGUCUUAGAGAGAGAUCUGAACAGAAUAUACAAAUAUAUUAGUGGACAUUACAGAAAUAUUUCUACACCUACACCUCUAACCAUCGAAUUAGGGCAGCCUAUAUGUCUAGAGGAAAGAUCGUAAAGAAGAAGAUUUCCCAUCAUCACAGACCGGGAUUCUUUACUAUAAGGGGCAACAAGGAAAGCACAAGCUGUCUAUAUGCAGUAAAAUAUGUUAUGCCAUUGGUGGUGCACCUUAUCAGAUUACCGGUUGUGCCCUGGGAUUUUUCCUGCAAAUCUACCUCCUGGAUGUAGUAAAGAUGCCUCCUUUUCAGGCCUCCAUCAUUCUUUUUAGCGGAAGGGUAUGGGAUGCUAUUACAGACCCACUGGUUGGAUUCUUUGUUAGUAAAAGCAGAUGGACAGGGUUUGGCCGAUUGAUGCCCUGGAUUAUACUGUCCACACCCUUUGCUGUGAUCUCUUACUUCCUCAUCUGGUUUGUGCCUGAUUUCACUAGUGGCCAAGUUCUGUAUUACCUAACCUUCUACUGCCUCUUCCAGACUCUUGUAACGUGUUUCCAUGUGCCUUAUUCAGCCCUUACAAUGUUUAUCAGUAAAGAGCAAAGUGACCGGGACUCUGCCACUGGAUACCGUAUGACUGUUGAGGUAUUGGGUACUGUCCUUGGCACAGCAAUUCAAGGACAGAUUGUGGGUAAGGUGGAAGAACCGUGCGUGUCUAACUCCUUCCAAAACCAGUCACUGGAAAGUGAGAACGGUUCUCAAGAUCUAGAGUCUCUUAUCAGUAUGAGACAAGCUUACAUGAUAGCUGCGGGAGUCAUCUGUGGCAUUUAUGUGCUAUGUGCCAUCAUCCUUUCAUUGGGAGUGCAUGAGAAGAGAGAGUCCGGUGAGCUUUUGUCUGACCAGCCCAUAUCCUUCUGGCAGGGCCUGAAACUAGUGAUGAGUCACGGGCCCUAUAUUAAACUUAUCACCGGCUUUCUUUUUACUUCAUUGGCUUUCAUGCUUGUGGAAGGAAACUUUGCCCUAUUUUUGAAAUAUACCCUAAAACACCGCAAGCACUUUCAGAAUAUCCUGCUUGUCAUAAUGGUUUCUGCUACAUUAACAGUGCCAUUCUGGCAGUGGUUCUUGACUCGGUUUGGAAAGAAAACUGCUGUCUAUUUUGGGAUAUCGUCUGUUGUCCCGUUCCUUAUUGUUUCCAGCGUGGUGCAGAUCAAUCUCAUCCUAACCUAUAUUGUUGCCAUAGCUGCUGGACUCAGUGUAGCAGCUGCAUUUCUCCUGCCAUGGUCCAUGCUUCCAGAUGUUAUUGAUGACUUUGUUUUGAAGAAUCCAGAUUCUCCUGGACAUGAAGCCAUUUUCUUUUCAUUUUAUGUUUUCUUUACCAAAUUUGCCUCCGGAGUAUCAUUGGGGAUUUCUACACUUAGCCUGGAUUUUGCAGGCUAUCAGACUGGCCACUGUGAUCAAAAAGAAUUUGUGAAUGUGACUCUGAAGUUGCUGGUGUGUGCUGUUCCCAUACUCAUGAUAUGUAUUGGGCUCCUACUCUUUAAACUGUAUCCUAUUGAUGAAGAAAAGAGGAAAGAGAACAAGAAAGCUCUACAGCUCCUCAGAGAAAAUGACCGGGACUCUGAUUCAGACUCCAUAGAGCUUGCAAGCAAUGUAUGACCCAGGCAGAAUACUUUGCUGAAGUUUACACACAGGAGCUCAAGAGACAUUCAGUUUACCCCUAUGGGGGUAGGUAUCAGCCCAUGAAUGACUUUUCUGCGCUGUGGAGAUGAGAACCAUGUCAUCUUUUGGGGGCAUGUCCCUGCUCCCUGGUGCUAUCUGUGCUUGGCACACACUGAAUGCUGCAAUCCUACUGAAAAUUGCACUAACAUAGGGUAAACUUUAUUAACUGUAAAUUUGCAGAAUGAUUUUGUAUAUAAGGACUUCAUCACCAUGUGGGGAACAGAAAAAGUAAUUAAUUAUUUCUAUUCUAUUGUAUUGUACAUUUGACCCCUAAGUUAUAAAAUCUCAGCAGGCAGUGGAUGCCUGCCAAACCUUGAGAUUCAGUAAUGUAUGUACAGAGAUUUGGGUGUUUGGUUCCUAAUAAAUGUAUAUAAUAUGUUAUGUGUGUCUGUUGCCGUGUAGAGAGAUGUAAGUAAUGUAUAUGCAACCAAAAUGUGCUGACCAAUAGACCUAAUGUGGCAUAUUUAUAAAGAUACCAGCAUCAUGCACAGUGACUUUUUUUUACAUGCUUGUCUUUAUGUAAUUGUGUCAAAAAUUGCCAAAAUUGUCAUUUGGACACAAAACUCAUUGAUCAUGAAUGGCCAAAUAGUGCCAAGUGUAAGGAUGUGCAUGUGUGUAUAUCUGUGAUGCAUAAAGUUUACUUUACUUUGGUACUUGAGUAGCAUAAAAAGCCCUAUGACCUUGUCUUUGUUAUGGAAUAUACUCUGUGAAUACUUAUCGCAAAAUAGAAUCCCAAAAAUGAAUGUGCACAUCAUACUGUACCUCCGGCUGCUAGUCUGCCUUAUUCAUGAAAAGUGGUGGCUGAUCCAACUUCCACUUAUAUAGGGAACCUUUACUCACCGAAGCCUUUAACAGUAUUCGCAGCAGUGGUAAUUCCUAAUAAAAGGGUUGGCUCAUUUAAGAGAUGUUCACCUAUGUGCAUGGGCAUCAGUCUUCUUGUCAUCCUUAUUAUAUUUUAUAGAGCCUGUCUCAGCUGAAAGUGGCUGUCAGAGGUAAUAUCUUAUUGGUUCUACUUGAAUUCUGUAAUUAGUAGUCCUGGCAGCCAAACUCCUAACAUUGUAAUCCAGGUUACAGAGUAAACUGCAUGUGUAUGUUGUAUAAUUUUGUUGGUUCUCUAAAGCUGUGUUUCCCAACCAGUGUGCCUCCAGCUGUGGCAAAACUACAACUCCCAGCAUGCCCGGACAGCCAAAGGCUGUCCGGGCAUGUUGGGAGUUGUAGUUUUGCCACAGCUGGAG